UCGAUCGAUCUGAACAAGAGCUACAAUGGCAGUUUCUUCUUCUUCUUCCCAUGAAACCCCACUUCACAUAGUUUUUGUUCCCAUGUUAGCGCCAGGCCAUUUCAUCCCCAUGAUAGAUUUGGCUAAGCUGAUAGCUACGCGUGGCGUCAAAGCCACCGUCUUCAUCACUCCAGUUAUCUCCGCCAGAUACGGCCAAUCCCUUCGGCCGGAAUCCGAUUCAAUCCCCAUCCGUUUCAUCGAAAUACCUUUUCUGAGCGGCGAAGUCGGCCUGCCGGAAGGCUGCGAAACUGUGGACACACUCUCGUUUACACUCUGGUCCAAUUUUCAGUCUGCACUCAGUAAAUGGCAGACUUCAGUGGAGCAUUUCAUCAAAGAGAUAGAGCCCUUCCCAACUUGCAUGAUAUCCGACAGGUAUAUUCCUCAAAUCGCCGUAAAUGCAGAGAGGUUAGGUCUCCGGAGAUUCAUCUUUGACGGAAUGGGUUGUUUAAGUAUUUUAAUCGCUUAUGAAAUUCAGACAUCUAAAAUUCACAAAACUGUUGAAGAAUCAGAACCCUUUAUGUUACCUGGUUUGCCUGAUAUUGGGUUAACAAGAAAACAGCUGCCCAUUCAUGUUCGUUCGAAUUCACCGUCGAUGACAGAAUAUCGAGAACAAAUGAGAGCCGCCGACAGUCGCGCUUGCGGGAUUCUAAUCAACAGCUUCGAUGAGUUAGAACCAGAUUACAUCACGGAAUUACGAAAAUUGCACCAAAACCGAGCGUGGUGCGUUGGACCCAUGUCCCUCCACAACAAGGAGAAGUCGGAGGUGGCGAGAAGAGGAAACAAGUCAUCAAUCGACGAAAACGAAUGUCUGAAAUGGCUCGAUAAUCAAGAAUCAGGGUCCGUAAUCUACUCCUGUCUAGGGAGCAUGAGCAAUAUCGCUCCGCAACAGAUUGCUGAGCUGGGCCUAGCCCUGGAGGCGUCGAAUCGUCCAUUCAUCUGGGUGCUGAGAAAAACCGAGACGAAGGCGGAUAUAGAGAAAUGGUUAUCGGAAAACAAGUUCGUAGAAAGGACACUUGGGAGAGGCCUUGUGAUAUGGGGAUGGGCACCGCAAGUACUUAUUCUGUCUCAUAAGGCUGUCGGUGCUUUUCUGAUGCACUGCGGUUGGAAUUCGGUUAUGGAAGGGAUAUGUUCGGGAAUUCCGAUGAUAACCUGGCCUAACGGUGGCGAACAGUUUUUUAAUGAGAAGUUGGUUUCGCAGAUUUUAGGAAUCGGUGUGAGUGUUGGACCCAAGUCGCUCCUUAGUGUUUUCCCCUCGGAGCAAACUGAGGUUCAAAUAAAAAGUGAGACAAUUUUGGAGGCCAUCGAAAAGGUGAUGAGCGGAGACCACCAAGGACUUCAGAGGAGGAAACUGGUUAGAGAGUUGGCUGAGGCGGCCAAGAAAUCCUCGGAAAAAGGAGGUUCGUCUCACCGGAACAUCGCUCUCUUCCUCCAAUAUAUAGCCACCAACCAAAAUCAUGCUUAAUUAAUAAUAAUAA